UGUACAACAAAAGAAAUUCGAUUUACAUAAAUCAGCUGAUUGUUUGUUAGGUUCCAUCAAUAAAGUGUAAAAAGAAUGUCAUCACCGGCGCCAAAAUCUCCCGAACAAUCGGAUAAAAGUAGGAAAUAUGAUCGGCAAAUUCGUUUAUGGGGAGAACAUGGACAAGCUUUGCUUGAAAGCUCUACAAUUUGUUUGCUAAAUGCCACUGCAUUGGGUUGUGAAGUACUCAAAAGUCUAGUAUUACCCGGCAUUGGUGGUUUCACAAUUGUGGAUGGAAGUAUUGUGACAGAAGAUGACUUGGGAAUAAACUUCUUUUUGGAUGCCUCCUCCGUUGGCCAAUCUAAGGCUAGGGCAUGCAUGCAGUUGCUUGAAGAGCUAAACACUGAUGUCAACGGUGAUUUCGUUGAUGAAAGCGUUGAUUGGGUGCUAACGAAUCGACCAGCAUUUUUUGAUACGUUCGAUGUAGUGAUUGCUUCGAAUUUAAAUGAAAAAGCUUUGCGGGGUUUGUCAGAGCGUUUAUGGGAAGCAAACAUUCCUUUUAUUUAUUGUCGGUCAUUGGGAUUCUUCGGUUCGAUACGUUUGCAAAUUAAAGAGCACUGCGUAAUUGAAUCCCAUCCUGACAAUCGGCAGUACGAUCUUCGCCUAGAACAUCCCUUUCCGGCAUUGCAAAAGCAUUUGAUGAAUACAGAAGUCACAAGCAAGGUUCCUUGGCUAUUGGUGCUAAACAAAUUUUUCCAAAUAUGGAAAGAGAAAAAUAAUGGACACGUUCCUACCAAUUAUAAACAAAAGAUGCAACUCAGAGAAUUGAUUCGAGCUGCAAUGACAGCCGAUGAGGAAAACUACGAAGAAGCCAUAAAAGCUGUUAAUACUUCUUUAGGUCGAGGUCAGGUACCAUCAUCAAUAAAAACGAUAUUUGAUGACAAUGCUUGUACAAAUCUCAACAAGCAAAGUAGUCCCUUUUGGAUAAUUACUAAAGCAAUGAAAGAAUUCGUUGAAAAUGAUAAUAAUGGAUUAUUACCAUUGCCUGGAGUGCUACCGGAUAUGACUGCAGACACUGAACCAUAUAUAAAGCUACAAAACAUGUAUCGCCAGCAAGCAUUACAUGAUGCAGAUAAUGUUUACCGUAAAUGUCAAAAAUAUUUGAAAGAGCUUAGUUUGCCUGAAGACACAAUUAGCGAAAAAACAGUACGCCUAUUCUGCAGAGAAGCGUCUGGACUUGCUGUGAUACGUGGAACAAAAAUUUCUGAUGAAAACGCCAAAAGCAGUAACAUAUUCUCAUUUGUCGAUGAUUUAGAGAUUCAAGGUACGCUUGCCGAGCAUUAUGUUGCCUUGCGUGCGUAUGAACGAUUUGUCUCGGAAUGUGGUAACGUGCCUGGAGAAUGUUAUGUUGAAAACGAUGUAAAGGAGCUUAAAACAGUUGCGAGCAAAAUGCUCUCGGACUGGGGUGUUCAUGCUACCAUCAGUGAUGAUUUGAUCCAUGAAAUUUGUCGUUAUGGAGGUUCAGAGAUACAUUCAAUAUCGGCAUUUAUUGGUGGUUGUGUAGCCCAAGAGGUCAUAAAGAUUGUGACUAAACAGUACAUACCAAUCGAUAAUACGUUCAUAUAUAAUGCCAUCACCUCUGAAACAGCGACAUUUAAAUUAUAAGUUUUUAUGAUCCAUUAAAAAUUGUAACCAAAAUAUAACGGCUUUGAGAUUCCAAUAAUAACCUGUUUUAUACCUACAUAUGCA